CACCGUCUGGAUUUGUAGGUUAUGUGUAGGGGUUUGAGACCGUGAAAACAUUAGAGUUUGGGAGCAUUUGUGGAUUUUUGUCAUGGGUCAAGGGUGGAAAAGGUUACCCUUGCUAGUAGUUUUCCUGCUAUUUUGGAAGAAUACUGAUGGAUUUAAAGGUGGCGCUUAUUCCAAUGCCCAUCAACAGUGGGGUCAGCCUUCUGACACUUUCUCACCUCAUGCUGUCCAGUCUUCUAUGCCAGAGGCCCGUGUGACUGGGACUUUGCCUGUUGAAGAAGUGGGCUCCAGUUUGUUCUCUAACAAACCCCUGAAGAGCAGGUCAAAGUUUAAUCUACUCCAGUUUGUCAAAGGUGGUUCCAGCAGCUCUCAGUCAACGUCCCAUGCCCAAACUGCUCCAGGCAGCUCUGUCUCUGCUUUCUUGCCUCUGCCCCUAGAUGAACAGCCUUUAAGCAGCUUGACAUCUGCUGGAUCAAGUAUUUCAGGUGCUGCUAGUGGAUUGAGUUUGCAGACUCUGUAUGCUGCAAGUGGUUCUGGACACCUCGUUUCUACCCAGGGAGGGAGUAGUAGCUACCCUGCCAAGCUUGGCUUUUCUGACCAGUCCACCAGUGAUGGUUUGCAUUUGUCAACCUCCCAGGAAACCUCUGUUCAUAAAUCAGCAGAAGCCUCUUUGCCUGUGUUCUCUCAGGAGAGUAUCUCUUACAGCAGUUCAUCUGCUCCAGGUGCCACUUCCACUUCUCAAAGUAGCCCUAUACUAUCAGAAAGUUCGGGUCAACGUGUAUUUUCUCAGGGGGAAGGUAGCUACAGUGCUUUGUCUCAAGGUGCCUCUAGUCCAUAUACUCCAGGAUCCCUGAUGUCUAACAAGCUUGAUGCUUUACCCCUAGGGGUUUCUAGCCAGUCCACAAGUGCUCAAAGUUCACCUAGUGGUUCUCCAAGCACCCAGAGCAGGUCUGGCACUCAGUUAGCAACUUCUAGUCGUUAUGUCUCAGUACAGGGAGGUAGUAGCUCUACUAGUUUUUCUCACAAGCCUCAGGGCACUCUGGGUCAGUAUGCUCCCUUGUCCCCUACCAAAUAUGUAAGCGCUCCCAUGUCAUCGCCCCAAGAUAUCUAUAGCCAGGCCACAAGUAGCGGGUCUUCCUAUAGAGCUGUUUCACAGGUUGGUUCUCUGCCUCAAGUGGGCGCUUCUGAUCAGUUUGCAUCUCGGAGAGGCAACCAUUACAGUGGAUUGCUUCCACCGUCUCAAGCUACCUCUAGCCAAGGGCAUAUUGACUACUCCAAGCCCGUUUCCUCACCCCAAAGCACUUCCAGUCAGUCUGCCGGUGUCUGGAGUCCCCGUAAGCAAUAUGCCUCUGCCUCCCAGGGCAGCUCUAGAGCUCAGUUUGGGGCCUCUACUGGUUUUACCUCGCAGGGAAUGAGUGGUUCUGUCCCAUCUCAAGGUACCACAAGUCAGUUUGCCCCUGGCUCUCCAUCUCCAUAUGAUAGUUUAUAUUGCAAGUGUGCACUGUCACCCCAAGGUGUAGACCGUGAGUCUACUACUGUUCAGAGUUCACAUAAGCAGUUUACCUCUAGAUAUGGCACCGAGUCAGGGUCUUCUACUCCAUUCACCCUGCAAGGAAGUAUUGCUUAUGAUCGAUCGCCACGGCCUCAAGGUACUGCAAGUCAACUUGGCCCUGUGUCUCACUCCUAUCCAAGUGUAUCAUCCUCAUCCCAAGGUGUUGCCAGUCAGUCUACAACUGUUCAGUUUUCUAGGAAGCAGCUUGCCUCUACUUACACAGGCAGCUCUGGCACCCAGGCUGGGUCCUCUCCUCCCUUCACCCUGCAGGGAAGCACUGCUUAUGGUGGAUCACCUCAAGAUGCCGCAAGUCCAUUUGCCCCUGGGUAUGAAUCCUCUUAUGGAAGAGUGUCACUGUCCUCACCCCAAGCUGGUCCAUCUACUACUGUUCAGGGUUCACGGAAGCAGUUUACAUCUACCUUCACAGGGGGCUCUGGCACCCAGGCUGGGUCCUCUCCUCCCUUCACCCUGCAGGAAGCACUGCUUAUGGUGGAUCACCUCAAGAUGCCGCAAGUCCAUUUGCCCCUGGGUAUGAAUCCUCUUAUGGAAGAGUGUCACUGUCCUCACCCCAAGCUGGUCCAUCUACUACUGUUCAGGGUUCACGGAAGCAGUUUACAUCUACCUUCACAGGGGGCUCUGGCACCCAGGCUGGGUCCUCCUCCCUUCACCCUGCAGGGAAGCACUGCUUAUGGUGGAUCACCUCAAGAUGCCGCAAGUCCAUUUGCCCCUGGGUAUGAAUCCUCUUAUGGAAGAGUGUCACUGUCCUCACCCCAAGCUGGUCCAUCUACUACUGUUCAGGGUUCACGGAAGCAGUUUACAUCUACCUUCACAGGGGCUCUGGCACCC